AACUGAAAUAGCAAACAUAGAAGCCACUACGGAUAAGGAACAGCUUGAUACUAUCUUCAACUCGUACCUGUACUGGAAAGACCCGCUUCCUGACAUCAGUUCCGAACUAAACGGUAUUGAAUGCCCAAUGCUUUCAGAGUAAAAUGGUUGGAAAUAGACUCAUUGCAGAAAUCUUUAACAAAAGUCAGCAUUCAGUUGCUGAUCACCCAAAAUUAUUGAAACAUCUAAGGAAAGUUUAUGACCAGAUUGAUGAUUUGGAUACAUUUUUCCAAGAUUUUGUUGAUUGUCUCAAGUGUCUGUUAAUUCAUGGUGAGAGACAAACUGCCGUCAACUUGUGUUUAGAUUUCUCUGCCAAAUUUGCCACAUCUUUUGAACUGGAAAAAGAACCUGAUGAGGAUGAUGCUGAGUGCCACCCUUUUUAUGAAAAGCUAUUCAAUUUUAUUUUGUCGAAUCACAAUGUCAGAAGCCAGGCAGUACGAUUCAGAGUUUGUCAGUUUAUUAAUCGGAUGCUAGAAGAAUUUAACGAAUCUGCCUGCAUCAGUGCAGAUUUGUUUGACAAGAUUUAUGAUGCUAUGCUAGAAAGAAUUCAAGACAGGAUUGCCGCAGUUCGAGUUCAAGCAGUCGUUGCUCUGCAACGUCUUCAAGAUCCUACAAACAAGGAAUGCCCAGUAAUUAAGGCUUUGGUUUUUCAUCUGGAAAGGGAUCCUCAUCCCGAGGUACGACGGGCUGUACUUAAGGCUCUAGGCUGUAACUAUUUCACACUUGAAUUCGUGUUGGUAAGGUUGCGUGACGUCAAGGACCUUGUCCGGAGGCAGGCCUAUAUUUUCAUUAGCGAAAGAGUCCAUGUCCGGACAUUAUCGAUCGCUAAUCGCGUUACAAUCUUGAAUCUUGGUCUUAACGACAAAUCAACUGCUGUAACGACAAUGGUACAGAGUAAACUUAUUCCUGCGUGGAUCAACACCAUGGAAGGCUCUAUCUUCAAUUUCCUCCGGGGCAUAGAUGUAGAAGGCUGCAGCGACAUCGCAGUCCAAGUAUUGCAAGUCUGGUUGAAGACGCUUAAUUACAAGGAAGUAACUGCUCAUUUGUCAAUGGACGGUGAAAAUCUGGUCACCAUCGACACUCUGAAACCAGAAGUGGCUCUAUAUUGGUGUACGGCAGUAGGUUUCCUUCAUAGCGAGGGAGUUCAUGCGGCAGACGCACUGGAGACGAUAAUGCCCGAAAUGACAGCUUUUGGGAAAUAUGUGAAAGAUUUUGUGAUAGCAAAGCUUUCCGAAACAGAUGAAAUGGAGGUAUUAAGUAUGGAGUUUACUGUUGGAAAAUUAUUGGAGAUGGCACAGUACUUUGACCUUGCCGAUGAAGCGGGUCGCCUAAACUUACGACGCGACUUCUGCGAACUUUUACAAAAUGAAAAGACUAGUCCAUCGUUGACUCGUACGAUGGUGAAAUGCAUUAGUCUUAUUGAGCCCAAUUUAGACGUUCGUAUUACCAAAUUACUUGAGGUGAUUUCGGAACUGCGCGAACCGUUAACCCAAGCAGAAGUUCUAAUCCCCGAGGCCGAGCAGCGCAAAAACAAGCUAGAGAUUGCGCAAUGUAGAGUUCAGCUCAAUGAGUUAAAAGAGGAACUUGAGCACGCGGUUGAGAAACAAAACUUUGUUGGCGCUCAAGAGAUCAAACAGAUUAUUGUCGUUCUGGAGACCAAACUAAACGAGCUAUGCAGUCGACCCACUACUCAUGAUGUUGAAAUUUUUCGUGAAGAGAGAGACGAUCCGCUAACGCUUUUAAAAUGCUUGAGCAUUGUUUGUGAGUUGUUGAAAAAUUCGCCGAUGCUAAAAUUAACGAAAGAGUUAGACCAGCUUUUGACGUCGCUGAUCUUACCUUGUGUCGAACGAAUCGAUCCAGCUGUCCGUAAUGCGGCUUUCGAAGCUUUGGGUUGUCUGUGUACGUGCGACUUGGAACUAGCUAAGCAACGUUUGCUCCUUUUUGUACAAGCAGUUCAAAUGGACCAUCAACUCCUUCAAAUCACAACGGCCAAGGUGCUCUUCGAUCUCGUGCAACUUUUUGGCCUUGCUAGUUUUGAAGACCAAGAAAGCGGCACAUCUUUAGCUUCAGUUUUAACCGACCUGUUGGAUAAUGAAGAUGUCGACGUUCAGACUAUUGCCGUUGAGGGAUUUGCAAAACUGUUGAUCGCUUCCAGGAUUGAAUCGAGCAUGAUUCUUUCUCGGUUGGUUAUUUUCCUAUUUCAUCCUUUGACGGAAGAAAAUGUUCGUCUCCGUCAAGUCCUUCACGUUUUCUUCCCCUUUUUUGCCUCUUUGGAUAUAGCAAAUCAACAGCAAUUGGAAGCUGCUUUUCUACCGACUAUCAAGACCAUUCAGAAAGCUCCGUAUACUUCACCAUUGGCCGAAAUGGAUAUCACAAUGGUGGUCAAAUUCUUUGUUGAUUUGACACAAGAAAACUUGUUGGUAUCAAAACCCGAAGUUGAUCACACUAUCCACGAUCAGCUUGCUAUAAAACUUUGUACAGAAUCUUUGCGAUUUCCGGAUUCGAAUGAAAGUAAAGUUUACCUGAAGGCUUUGUUGCAAUUGAACAUGUCCUUUUCCAAUCCUUCAAAUACCCGAGAUUUGCACACGCUUGUCCAGAAGAUGCUACGAAAAAUGAAAGAGAAAAGUUCUAUCAGGCUGGUCGAACAGUUUGAAUCGAUCGUAAAAAAACAUCUGGCACCUCCUACCGAAGGCUUGGCUGAUUCCACCGCGAAUGGUUCUGAAAUGGAAAUCGAGCCUGUUGUCACGUCUUCGUCACGGCCCAGUAAACCCAGGACCCGAAUGUUGGGAAGUAAACAAGGAACGACUCUUUUGAUGGAUACUACUGGAGGUAGUGAUGCAGAAAUAUCUCAAUGUUCUGACGUUUUCUUCAGUCCCGAAAAGACAAGCACUCAAAAAGAGAAAACGUGUAAAAAAUCGCCUGAAGUCGUUGUUGAACAAAUGGAUUCAAGUUCGACUACUAGUAGCGAAAAAAUUGGUCCAUCAAGAACGCGACGACAGGUGAAUCCACGUAACACGGUUGUCGAGAACCUUACUCUGGGUGAAUCCCCUCCUCGUCGUAGGACACGGUCCAUGAGGUCGACGGUCGUUUCUAGUGUGGAUGAAGAUGAGGAUGUUAUACCUCCGACACCGCCUCGUUCGAAAGCGAAAUCAACGAGAAAGCGCCGAUAGAAGAGGUUGCCUCCCUUUGCUUUAUUUUAUUUUUUGUUUUCUGUUCUCCUCACUCACAUAUUACACCCCUUUUCGCUUAUGCAACUUUCUACUUCUGUGUAAUCAGAGAUACAAAUAAUACACUUUCCUUACAUUUA